AUGGCAUCUACUUUUCUCUGUCCUAGGAGUUGUGACCAAUAUGUAGUUGACAUUAACAUGUUAGGUUACUAUUAUAAAGAUGUUAGACUGUCUGUCCUUCCUGACCUAUGCGCUGAUGUGGUCAUUGGUCAUGAUAUACUCAAGCAGCAUGGAAGUGUGAACCUGUCCUUUGGCGGCCCCAAAGCAACGCUCACUGUAUGUGGUCUCGCUGUAGCAAAUGUUCCACCCACGCCACUCUUUAAAUAUCUUUCACCGAAUUGUAAACCAGUAGCGAUAAAAUCACUAAGUAACAAGAGUAUUCAACCUGACCCCGAUAGGCUAAAACCUCUCCGACAUCUGCAACCUCCAACGGUCACGUCUUCAUUGAGGAGAGUCUUUGCCAUGUUUGCCCAUUACUCGACCCACAUAAAAGAAUUCUCUAAGAAAAUACUGGCUCUAACGAGCUGUACAUUUCCCUUGACAAAAGACGCAUUACGUGCAAUCGGCAACAACAAUAGACCAAGUAAAGAAAAUGCAGUAGCCGAUGCACUCUCUCGAAUCUGUUCAAGUAUGGAUGAUUCUGAUAGCCGACUUCAACAAUUACAUGUUUCUUUGUGUCAUCCUGGAACCACGAGAGUGAUGAAGCAAAUAGUCGUUAAUCAAACCGUAAAAAUCCCCGAUGGGGUUACAUGCCAUGUGAAGUCCAGGAUUGUUACCGUCAAAGGACCAAGAGGUGUCCUGAAGAGGACAUUCAGGCAUUUGGCCCUGGAUAUUCAUAUGGUGAAUUCCAAACUGCUUAAAGUUGAAAAAUGGUUUGGCACCAAAAAGGAACUUGCUGCAGUUCGAACUGUCUGUUCCCAUGUUGAAAACAUGAUUAAAGGUGUUACAAAGGGAUUCUUAUACAAGAUGAGAGCAGUAUAUGCUCACUUCCCCAUCAAUUGUGUGAUUUCCGAAAGCAAUUCUGUAAUUGAAAUCCGUAACUUCCUUGGCGAGAAGUUUAUUAGGAAAGUGAAAAUGUCCCCAGGUGUUACUGUUACAAAUUCUACAAAACAGAAGGAUGAGCUAAUUAUAGAGGGUAACAAUAUUGAACUUGUGUCGAGAUCAGCUGCCCUCAUCCAGCAGUCGACUACUGUAAAAAAUAAGGAUAUCCGAAAGUUCUUGGAUGGUCUUUAUGUCUCCGAGAAGACAACUGUUGUACAAGAUGAAUAAAUAAGUUUUAAUAAAUUUGAUACAAUUUUCUUUUUUAUCUUUCAUGUGUCAUUUUCCUAUUGUUUUAAUUAAUUAAGUUUUGGCUUUAAUAGUUGAUUGCCAAGUAGUUUGAUUACUUAAUCAUAAUAAUUAAAUGAGAGCUUAUAUUUAA